AUUCAGGUAAACCAGUCGAACAUGACUAACUGCACUCACACAGACUUCUUCCUGCUACUAUAAGAGAAUAAGAAACUUUAAAGCUUGCUGAAUCGCCCUCAUACAGUUCAACAUGCUUUGGGAUCACAAUAGAGCUGCAAUAGAAAAGUGUAAUUGAAACUCGCUGGAGUCUCUGACAGGAGAGAUGUCAUGAAUCCGAGAUGAUGAUGAGUUGAAGACGGAGGAGAGGACAGAAGAUCAUCAUGUCUGACACGGAGAGCAGAGUGACCGUUGUGCACAAUCCAGCUCACAGGAGAAGAUGGAGCAUGGUUGAACCCCCGAUGAUGAGGAUUGUUGUGCUGGGGACGAAUGCUUCAGAAAACAGACGAGUGGGAAACCUGCUGUUAGGAAGAGCAGCGUUUGAGACUGAAGAACCUCCAGAUGUUGUAGAGAGAGUUGGAGGAAAACACAUGACAGUCAUCAACACUCCAAACAUCUCACUCCAUCAGAUGACACAGAGAGUGAGAGAGUGUGUGUCUCUGUCUGCUCCAGGACCUCAUGUGAUCCUUCUGGUACUGAAACAUGAUCAGUGUUCAAGAGAAGAGAAAGAGUGUGUGGAGAUGCUGCUCAACUCUUUCUCUCACACUGUUUAUCAACACACCAUGAUGAUCACCACACACGAGUCACACACUCAAGUCAAUGACAUUAUACAGGAAAUCAUUCACAAAUGCAACGACAGACACUUCAGACUGGAGAGAAACAGCACUCCUGCUCAACUGAUGGAGAAAUGUCAGGACAUUGUACACAGUAAUGAUGGACAGUAUCUGGUUUGCAAAGAAGGAGUUACAACAGGGAGCAGAGAUGAUGUGAGGAUUGUGCUGCUGGGAAAAACUGGAGUUGGGAAAAGUGCAACAGGAAACACCAUCUUAGGAAGAGAAGCAUUUGUAGCAGAAGAAUCGCAACGGUCAAUUACUAAAGAGUGUCAGAGAGAAACCGCAGAAAUCAACGGCAGACACAUCACUGUGAUUGACACUCCAGGACUGUUUGAUACUGAACUCAGUCAUGAAGACAUCCAGAGAGAAAUCACUAACUGCAUCUCAAUGAUACUGCCAGGACCUCAUGUGUUCAUUAUUGUGUUGAAUUUAGGACAACGAUUCACUCAAGAGGAGGCGAAAUCAGUGAACAUCAUUCAAGAGACGUUUGGUGAACACUCUUUAAUGUUCACCAUGAUACUCUUCACCAGAGGAGAUGAUCUGAAGAAAAAAACUAUCGAAGAGUGGCUGGGACAUCCUGGAUCUCCUUUGAUGAACCUGAUCGAACAGUGUGGAAACAGAUUCCAUGUGUUCAAUAAUAAUGAGACUAGAGAUCGCACUCAGGUUUCUGAUCUACUGGAGAAAAUAGAUGCCAUGGUGGCAGCAAACGGAGGCAGUUACUACUCAUGUAAGAUGUUCAGACAGAUGGAGAGAGAUCUACAAGAAAAACUAUUGAACGGACUGAUGGAGAGAGUCAAGCAACUGAGCAGAGAGAGAGAAGAACUCAUGACCAAACAAGAAGAAGAGAAGAGAAGAAGGAAAGAGAAAUUGAAAGAGAGAGAGGCAAAUGAGAGAGAGAUGAGAGACGAGAUGAAAAGAGAACGAGAGACACUUAAACAUGAAUUUGAGGAAAUGAAGAGAGAAAACCAGAAAGUAAAAACAGAAAAAGAAAAUCUUCAGAGCAAAUAUGAAACACAAAUAGACAAACUGAUGAACAGAAUAGAGAAUGAAAGGCAGAAUCAUGAGAAAGAGAUGAAGAGAAGAGAUGAGGAAUUCAGUGAGAGAGAAGAACGACACAAAACACAAAUGAAAGAAAAAGAGGAGCACAAGAGAAAGAUGAGAGACGAGAGGAGAAGAGAACGAGAGGAAUGGGAGAAACAGAAACAGAUUAGUGAAGAACAAUAUCAGAGACUCAGGAGAGAAAUAGAGGGUCUAAUAGCAGAGAACGAGAGAAUAGAAAGAGAGAAAGCUGUGAAGAAGAGCUGGAUUGAUAUACAUGCUCCAGAAAAGUUCUCAGAGGUUGCAGCAUACAGGAGACUAGAAACACAGUUCACAAAGUGGUCCUGGAGUCUUCGGUGUGCCAUGAUGGAAACUGAGAACAAGCUACACAACAAAAUAGAAAAAGAAGCAACAUAUUGGGUUGAGGAAUCACAUGUUCAAAGAGAACUAAAAGAGAAAACUGAAGAAGUGAAAAACUCAAUGUCUGAGUUCUUUGAGAAAGACAAAGAUGCUGAUUUAGUAAUACAGUGGAAAGCUUCGUUUGAAAUCAAAAUCAAAGACCUUCAGGAAAACAUUGUGAGAGAAACGAUGAGGAAAUUAAAUGAGAUUCUUAAGCAGCGAGACCUGAAAAAGAUUGAUGCUAAGAGGACGCAUCAUGAAUUCAUUCUCUUUGAAAAGAGCAAAGAACUUGCUUUAAAACUCAAAGACAAAACAAGUGAUGAAGAAACCCUGAUGAUAGAGUUUGAUUGCUUCUGGAAAGAGUGCGUGGAUGAGAUCAUCAGAGACACGCCACCAAUAAAAGACAUUGACAUAUUAAAAGAUGUGAAAAUACUCUUCAGUGAAAUCUAUUCAAGAGCUCCGGUAGACUUCUGGACGGAGAGCAGAGAUAUUUUAUCCGUGCAGAGUUAUUCAGAUUAUGUACGAUUUAAGAAAUCAAGACCUUUUCUCUCCAGAGAAGCUAAAGAGAAGGCUGGUGUUGCUCUGUCUAAUGAGGAUGAAGCCCAGAUAAGAGCUUUAGUCAAUGACAUUGCUCAGCAAACAGACAAAAUGAUUGUUUCUUUUAACAUUGCAAAGACGGGCUACAACAUCAGCUACAUUCAUGAACUCACAGGAUACAUCAAGACAAGAUUAAAACAACACGAGGGAACAAAAGUCACGUAUGAGUUCAAGAAGGAACUCUUCGUGGAAUUGGUUUAUUUAGUCUGUAAGAGAGCAAACAAGACAUUUGCUGACAAACACAAACUGUUCAGAGAAGCCAAUGAUCCUGUGAUAUAUUUUGAGGGGAAGAAAGAAGAAUACUAUGGGAUUUUCCAGAAGUAUUGUCAUGGCGUAACGUCAGCUGCGAUAUGCAGCGAGAUCGUAUGUCGGAAACUGAAAGUGCUCGUUGAGCAGAGUGUCUACAGAAACACUGCCAGACGUUUGGCAGAUGAAAUGACAACAAACUGUGAAUCACUGAAUGGAAACAGAUCUUAUCUGGAGAAACACAUCCUGAAGACACUGGCAGAAAAAGAGCAUUUUGACUCGUACAUGAACUACAUCCGUAAUCCCAGAGAUCACUUCAAGAGCUUCAUCAGAGAUGAAGUCCGUCACUACAUCACUGAUCAGUUCAGUGUCAGUGUUCUUCCCAAGAUGGAAAUGAGCAUGAAAUUCCUGCAGCAGAAGAUCGUGGAAGCAGCCCAUGAAUCUACUGAACAUGUUCAAGUGAAUAGAGGAGAUGUUGAUUUGUGGCUGAAGUGUUUCAGACAGAAGCUCUCAGAUGUGCUGAUAUUCUCUGAAAGAGACCUCAGCGGAGUGAACCAUGAUGAUGUCGAUGAUUUCAACCUUCUGGAGGAUGUAAUAAGAAAAAAACUUCCUUCUAUAAUGUCUGAUAUAAACAGCGAGUUCUGUCCGGGAUCGUUUUCAGUAAAGCUGGACUAUAAAUACAGACCAGAUGAGAUUCUGAUUGAUCACUUCUGUCAGUGCUGUUGGGUUCAGUGUCCUUUCUGUAAAGCCACAUGCACGAACACAAUAGAGGACCAUGAUGGAGAUCACAGCGUUCCUUUACAUCGAGUGGAUGGAAUUAAUGGAAUAUAUUACAGAGGAACAACAAACCUAUCGAAUGGCAUCUGCACAACAGAAGUAGCAAGCAAUCAAUCGUUUAAUCCCAAAGACGCGGGUCACAGAAUCCACGUUAGAGAGUACAGAAGAGCCGGUGGAGAUUAUGCCGAAUGGAGCAUCACUCCUGACCUCUCUGAGCUGCCGUACUGGAAGUGGUUUGUGUGCAGAUUCCAGAAAGAUCUUGAGAAGUACUACAAUAAAACCUUCCAGGGGAGAGGAGAGAUUCCAGAUGAAUGGAGAAAAUACUCAAAACAAGUGGCUGUUGAGAGUUUAGAUAAAUACAUCUAAUGGAGGAUAUAAAGGAUGAGACUUUUAGCUCACCUCAGUUUUGAGGUUUCAUAGUGGCUAAAGCUCAAGAGCUGGUAAUCAGAAAUGGCUCAUUUCAUCCCAGCGAUUGGUGAGAAAUGAACCAAGACACUGAAGCACAGAUAACUGGAAAGAGCUGAACCUUUAAUUAUUGAAAACCUUUAAUCACAAGAUUAUCCAGAGAACUCACAUACUGAUAAAAUGCAUAUAUACUGUAAACACACAGUUUGUCAAAUGCAUUAAAUAUAUGGAUGUGGUGUCUCUGCAUCAUCUACUGGUUUUUGAAAAUUAACCUAUGAUGUAAAUGUAUUUAGCACUGUAUAAAUAUCACAUUCAAAUGUCAAAACUCACAUACAUAAUACAUUACUGUGUAACAAAUUGGUUUUGUUUGUUCUGGGAAGUGUUAUCUCCUAAAUGCUAAUGCCUCAAAAGUAUAGAAAAUGGCUAUUUUCCCUCAAACUUUGCUUUUGUGACCAGUACAGUGAUAUUUCACGAAUCAGCCCCCAAAUGUAGUCUCCCAUCAUGUUAUUGUUAUACUCUCUUUGGUAGCGGGAUUCAAAGUCCAGUAUAUCCUGAUGGAAUCGCUCGCCUUGCUCCUCCGAUUACGCUCCCAUGUUCUCCUUGAGUUUAUCAACAUGAGCAUCAAGGAUAUAGAUUUUGAGGGACUUCAGAGGUGGAGCUGAGGAGAGGAACCCAUCCUACCCCAGCCAAAAAGACCUCAUUGACUUGAUUAGAGAUCUUGGUCUCGCCAAGUCCAAUGCCAAGCUUUUGACGUCUAGGCUCAAGCAGUGGAACUUGGAUGAAUGUAUGCAAGUCACAGAUCAGAGGAAGUGUCACCAACCUUUUUCCAGCUUCUUCACCAGUCAAGAUGGGCUCUGUUUCUGCCACAAUGUGACCCCACUCUGUUCGAGACAAUCCGAAUCGCCUGUAACCAGAAUGAGUGGCGACUCUUCACUGACAGCUCAUUGUACAUCCAUCGACAGUCAAAUUAUAUUGUAGUGGCUUAUUUUUAGAGUUUUUUGGUCCAAUAAUUAGUACCUCUGUUUUGUCAGAAGGAAAUUUCUGGCCAUCCAAUCUUUUAUUUCAUUGAUACACUCUGCUAAUUUAGAGAAUUGUGAAAUCUCAUCAGGUUUUGAAGAAAUAUAAAGUUGGGUAUCGUAUAGGAGAAAAGCAGAGGCCCUAAAACUGAUCCCUGUGGCACUCUAUACUUUACUUUUGUUUGAUUUAACAAUUCCUCAUUUACACAUACAAAGUGGUAGCGGUCUGCUAAAUAUGAACUAAACCAUGCUAAUGCAACUCCACAAAUGCCAACAUAAUUCUCCAGCCUAUUCAAGAGAAUGUCGUGAUCUAUCAUGUCGAAUGUAGCACUAAGAUCUAAAAGCACUAGAAGAGAAAUGCAGCAGCGAUCAGAUGAUAAGAGUCAUGUGUAACUCUGAUAAGUGCAGUCUCUGUACUGUGAUGAGGCCUAAAUCCUGACUGAAAUUCUUCAUAUAUACUAUUUCUCUGUAGAAAUGAACAUAUUUGGGAGGAUACUACCUUUUCUAGAAUUUUUGAUAUAAACGGGAGAUUUGAAAUCGGUCUAUAAUUAGCAAGUUCUCCAGGAUCAAGUUGUGGCUUCUUAAUUAGCGGUUUGAUAAUUGCCAUUUUAAAGUUUCUUGGGACAUGUCCUAAGCAUAGCGAGGAGUUAAUGAUAUUAAGAAGAGGUUCUGAUAUUACAGGAGAUACCUCUUUUAAGAGCUUAGUUGGUAUAGGAUCUAACAAACAUGUUGUGGCUUUUGAUGUUUCGAUAAGUUUUGUUAGCUCUUCAUGACCUAUGAUAGCGAAGGAUUGAAGUUGCACAUGAGGGAAAUUAUUAAGCACUGUUUUCUGAGGUGCUAUGACAGAUGAUUGCAUAACUCCAAUUUUAUUGCUGAUUAUUUUAAUUUUAUCUGUAAUGAAAUUCAUGAAGUCAUUACUAUUGUGCUGUGAUGUAAUAUCUGGUUCUGUUGAGGCUUUAUUCCUAACCAAUUUAGCCACAGUACUGAAUAA